GGGAAGGUUUUAGAUGAAACACCAAACGGGAGUCAAAGUUGAAGGGUAUGGCGGCGUGAAGUAACAUGUUUCCCGGCGUCUGCGUUACUCGGGGGGGUUUUGCUCACAGAUGCUCUAAGUUACGUGCUUUUCCCGGUACUGUACGCGCCCCAAGCCCCCUGCAGGUUAACCCUCUCUGGGUAUCGGCCUAUUCAAGCGCCGGCUCGCAACACAACGAAAAAUACUGUCUUGAUAUUGUCAGAACACGGGAUUAUGAUGGCUUCCUGUGCUCCCUGCUGCUCCCCAGCGCCGCCCGGCGGGCAUCCCUGGCACUGCGAGCUUUCAACGUGGAGAUUGCCCAGGUGAAGGACCUGGUUACCCAGAAGAGCACGGGCCUCAUGCGAAUGCAGUUCUGGAGGAUGGCCGUGGAGGACGUGUUCAGAGACAAGCCACCGGAGCAGCCUGUUGGCGCAGAGCUCUGGCUGGCAGUUAAGAAACACAACUUGACUAAACGGUGGUUGCUGAGAAUUAUCAGUGAAAGAGAGAAAGAUCUGGAGGACAAAACGUACCGGAACCUCCAGGAGCUGGAGACGUAUUCUGAGAAUACCUGCUCCGCACUGCUGUACCUCAUUUUGGAGUCUCUGGGUGUGAGGGACGUCCAUGCCGACCACGCUGCCAGUCACAUCGGGAAGGCCCAGGGGGUCGUGACGUGCCUGCGAGCCACACCCUACUACAGCCAGUGGCGUAAGGUCUAUCUUCCCAUGGAACUCUGCAUGCUGCACGGCGCUUCACAGGAGGACUUCAUGCGAGGCAGUCGGGAGCAGAGCGUGAAAGACGUGGUGUAUGACAUCGCCAGCCAAGCCCACGUGCAUCUACAGCACGCUCGAUCGUUCGCCAGAAAUGUACCGACAGCCGCUUUCCCUGCCUUCUUGCAGACGGUCGUGUUAGAGGACUACCUGCAGAGAGUGAGGAAGGUGGACUUUGAUGUCUUUCAUCCCACGUUACAGAAGCGGAACCCUCUGCUUCCCAUCCAACUGUACCUCCGUUCAUGGAAGGCUGUCUACUGAUAUCUCCUGUUGUAUAGAUCAGUGUUUCCCAACCCGGUCCUCGGGGACCCCCAGACAGUUCACCUUUCUGCUCGCUUCCCACCCCCCUGCCAAACAGUGGACAUUUUUGCUGCCUCCUAGCUCUCCACCAGGGGAAAAGAAGCAUCCCCGUGCUCCCUACCAGUCAGUGCAGAUUUUUGCUUGGAGGGAGCAAAAGCAUGGACUGUCUGGGGGUUAGGAAAAACUGGUAUAGAUGUUUGAAUUUAUCUAUCAUUGACCUGUGGAUGUUUAGAAUAUAAUCCCCAGGAUGUGGGUUCCAUCGUCUUCUCUUGUGGUUUUCCUUUGCCUGAAGUGCCCCUCGAUCUUGAGGAUGCUGGGCUGUCCUCGUGGCUUCAGGUAGCCCUACAGAUGGAUGGGCAGUUUUAGUUUUCCCGUUUGUUGGGUCUGCUGGGUCUUGGUUCUCCACAAAGAACGAACCCUUCGACUUACAAAUCAAUGUGCGUUUUCUACCUUUCCUGCAUGUGAGGCCUCUGCGUGAGAUCGCCGGGUAUUUCCUGCUGUUUUCUUGCUUGCUAACCUGAGGGUCACGCUCUUCCCAGGCCUUUCACUCCCUAUCCUCCCACAUCUUGCCGUUCCCUCCAAGUCUUGUACAGAGGCGUCAUUCCCUUUCAUGAUUUCUUGCAACCUAUAGACACUUCAUUCAGUAAAAUAUCAUUCCAUUGCUUGUUUUCUU